AUGCACAUGAAAAUGUGCUUCAGCAAGUACCGUAAGUUGUCCGUCAUUAUGACCAAACUACGCCCUACCGGAGACAAGCGUCCCAAAGAAGCCUACAAGACCAAGUGUACCGCCAUCGGCCAGAUGGCAUCUACCAAGCAAGCUACAGUGGCAAACCCUAACGCUAAGGUGUGCCCUCUACCACACCCUUGUACCCAUCAUUGGGAGAAGGCUCAGACCGAGAUCGCGGCUAGGGCCUCUCCCCUACACAAGAGACACAACUUUGUCUGGGCGGAUGAGCCAGUUGAUGCGGAUAUGACACCCAUCUCCUACUGCCACCCACCCACCCCCAGGCCAAGUCCACCAGUGAUCCAUGUACCCAAAAAGUCCUCGGGCGAAGCCAAGGCUGUUACUCAGACCAAACGAGCCCUCAGGGGAAUGGCUUACCUAGCCAAGGUAGCCUUUCAAGGCCUACCUUCGGGAAAGAGACAAACGGCCGAGCUCAUCCUCGAGCAACUCACCGCGCUCAUUGAGAGCCUCUUCGAUUCGGAUGACGACACCCCCUCGGACGCCACCCUACCCAAUCCCUCCCAACCACUGCCCUCUCGUGGCAGUGGCCGAGUCACGUUCGCGGAGCUGAGGGUCCAUACCUUGGACUGUCUCCCUCGCUCCAUAGUGGUGACGGGAGUCUUCCCAGUGGGCAAAGCUGGUGUUGGCCUGUCCUUGGCUGACCCCAAAGAUCUGGAGACCUGUAUACAGAAGCUGGAUGGUUUCCGUGGCUUGAAGGCUGACAAAAAGCAGUUGAGGCACCCUAGGGUCAUCAUCUUCAAUCCGGCAAUCAACCGUUUGGAGUCGAUGAUGCCAGUUAUCGAGCUGGAUUGA